CUCGCCAAAAACUUCUUAUCAGACAAGUCCUGCGAUAGUUCCAGGACCAGGGUACAGGCAUUCGCUUUCCGGCAGUCCUCGAGUUUGGAACAAAACGCGGUGUUCGGUUCUGUUUAAAAAACAUAUUUUUAAGAGUGGGCCUAUUGUUAAUAGUGUCAUAGUUUCGGAUAAUUUAUUGAUUAAAAAAUAUGUGCAAUUGAAAAAUAUUUUAAGUUUUAUGAUAGUGUUUGAAAAUAAAAGUGAUUGCUUGUGAAUUUUUGGAGGAAAUUCAAAGGAUUAUUGGAAUAAUAGGAUUAUAUUUGAAAAAGUUUUAGGAAAAGAAGCAAAAGUCAAAGGCCGAGGACACGCGUUGCACUUGUCAGAUUUGUUGCUUCCCCCCCACGGAAACCCAAAAGUUUGCGGCACGUGCUGGUCACGCGUCGCCAAUUAGGAAAUCGGAAGUGUUAGCUUCACCGUUAUGCACUUAGCCGGCAAUUCGCAACUGAUUUAAAAAUAGCAAAUAUCGAAAUUGGGUGAUAAUGUUUUCUAUGGACAACUUUGACUUGGAGGCCACUAUGGCGCGCCACUUCUUCGAGGGCUCCCAGGCCACCAACGCCUCCACCUCCAGUUCCGAGUACUUCUUUGGUGAUGAACACAGCUCGGAGAGCGAUGAUGAGGACGAUGCCUAUAGCAGUGGCUUCAAUAGCGACCAGGAGAACAAUGAAAAGACCCGGCGGAGUCACAAGCCGAGGCGCUUGAAGUGCGCCUCCCAAAUGGCCCAGCAACGGCAGGCGGCCAAUCUCCGAGAGCGUCGGCGGAUGCAGAGCAUCAACGAGGCCUUCGAGGGCCUGCGAACCCAUAUUCCCACACUCCCCUACGAAAAGAGACUCAGCAAGGUCGAUACACUCAAACUGGCCAUAAGCUAUAUAACCUUCCUGAGCGAAAUGGUGAAGAAGGACAAAAACGGCAACGAGCCAGGACUGAGCUUGCAGCGAAAUUACCAAAAGGAGCCGCCCAAGAAAAUCAUCCUCAAGGAUCGCACUGGCGGAGUGUCGCACUCGUUGUCCUGGUACCGCAAGGGCGACCGAUAUCCUGGCAGCAAGCUCUACGCCCGCACCUGGACCCCAGAAGAUCCCCGGGGCCCCCUGUCGCAGCCCCAGCCCCAGCACUACAACAAUAGCAACUCCAACCAGAAUCAAAAUAGUAACCAAAGCAGCGAGGACUUCAGCGGUAGUGCCGAUAUGUCAGAUCCUGGAGCUGCGGCCAGCAUCUUUGGCAGUGGCAAUGGCAUGUGAGGAUCCCGUAGGGAUAAUAAAUGAGCAAAGGAUUCAUUGGAAACCAAACUAGUCAAGCUUUGCUAGUCACUACAUCUAACAUAUAUUAAUCAAUUUAAUAAUUAUACGAAGAAAACAUGUUCUGUGGUAUUUAAUUGCUCUAAGUUUGCUAAUAUCUAAAUGUUAUACUUAGUCGUUUAGUUUAAAUCGAAUAAACAUCUCAAGCA